ACCGCUUACGCACAUGUGAGUUUUGACACCACAUACUUCCGGUUAAAGAAUAAUAUUUUGUAAACAGUAUAAUGUUAAAUAUUUAAAAAUACAACGCGUUUUAAGAUAAACACUCGUUGAAGCUCUUCCCGAGACAUGAAAAUUAACAUUUAAUUCAUGACGAUGCGAUUUCUGGAUGACAGCUAUCCGGUUACGCCUCACAAAUAUUCUGAACUAACUGCAUGAUUUAAGUUAAACAUAUUAAACAACUCGUAUUUUUCCUGAUAUCCUUAUGCUAAGACUGUUAUCGGUCAACUUUAGAGGGCUUACAGAGCACAAGACACUCUUAAGUCUUAAUUUCAGUACAUCAUCUGUCAUGGCCAAAAGCAAAUUUGAAUACGUGAGAAACUUUGAGCUCGACGACACAUGUUUGAGAAACUGUUACAUUGUGGUUCGGCUAGAUGGACGCAACUUCCACAAGUUUUCUGAGCAGCAUAACUUCAUGAAGCCCAGUGAUAACCGAGCUCUGGGUUUGAUGAGUCGCAGUGCCCGUUCAGUCAUGGAAGAGCUGGAGGACAUCACUAUAGCCUAUGGACAGAGUGAUGAGUUCAGCUUUGUGUUCAAAAGAUCAACCACUUGGUUCAAAAGAAGGGCCAGUAAACUAAUGACCCAUGUGACGUCCCAGUUUUCCUCUAGCUUCGUUUACUACUGGAAGGAGUAUUUUGGGGAGCAGCCGCUGCUGUACCCUCCCAGCUUUGAUGGCAGGGUGGUUCUGUAUCCGAGCAAUCGUAACCUAAGAGACUAUCUAAGCUGGAGACAGGCAGAUUGUCACAUUAACAAUUUGUACAACACUACGUUUUGGACGCUGGUGCAGAAAGGUGGACUGACCACAACGCAAGCUGAGGAGAGACUCAGUGGAACACAAGCAGCAGAUAAGAAUGAGAUCUUGUUUUCGGAGUUCAAUAUCAAUUACAAUAAUGAAUCCCCACUGCACAAAAAAGGCAUGACUUUAAUAUGGGAAAAGGUGAAUGAAACCACAACUAAACUGACCAAGCGGCCAGAUAAAGGAGAGACAGAAAUUAAUGUAACACGGACAAGAAAGAAGGUCACAAGUCAUUCCUGUGAUAUCAUUGGAGAUCAGUUCUGGGAAGAACAUCCAGACAUUCUGGAAAGUGAACAGUGUUGAUCACAUGGUUAAAAGACUGUACCAGACCAAAUUUUGUCUAGUUUGGAGGAAAAGAAGCAGAAUGAAGGGGGGUGUUGCCAUGUUAUUUUUCCCCUUAAGAUUCCAAGUGGAGAUAAGGAAUGACACAAGGAUCUUAUUCUCUCCUGCAGGGAUGAGCAUCUGUUUCACCUC